GAUGCAUGCUGAUACAUGGGUCCCUAAUGGCGCCGUGAAUGGUGUAAAGACAGUGAAUAGUCCGCCGGUACCAGGCCAUCUGGUAGUGGUCCCCCACCGCCCACUCAUCCGCCACCACCGCCACCCCAGCCGACGAAAUCACCACCGCCGCCUCCUCCACCUAGUUCAACUCCGCCGCCUCCCCCUCCCCCAGCAACUCCGCCGCCGCCUCCACCGAGUAUGGAUCCUCCUCCGCCGCCCCCGCCGCCGAACGAGUCGGUACCUCCGCCACCACCUCCCGAAGUUCUGCCGCCCCCUUCGGCAGCGCCACCGCCUAUAUCAACUCCUCCGAAACCCAUUUCACCCUCAGAAAAUAUUGCAUCGUCAACCUCACGUGUGCCAGCGUCUCCUUCGCCAGUUACACGACCCUCUUCUCCCCAAAGGACUGUCCGGCCCGUUUCACCACCGUCAUCUCCAGCACAUGGCGUUCCUCAUUUUACACCAAUAACACUUCCUCAGCGCGUAACAAGUCCGUCACCCCAGCCCCCCUCUGACAUUUUAUCACCCUUCUCGCCACGUGAAGCAACCCCACCUCCACCUCCACCUCCACCUCCACCUCCACCCUCACCUCCCAGGCGCCCACGUACUCCAGUAUUAUACACCUUGCCUCCAUUACCCGAUUGGCCACCUCAUAAGUCAGAAUAUCCGUCAGUCCGUUCAUACAAGGUCCUACACGAUCCAUCCAUACACAAACUUCCCUUUCCCUCCAAUGUUAAUGAUCUAGUGGGAUAUUCAAGUGAUGGCCCUCCAGCUGCACCAGGAACUAGUUCAAGCACUGCACUCACACCCCCGUAUUUUCAGCACCUCAUCUCGUGCAUGCCGGAUUAUGUAUCACCUUCCGUGUUCCAGGACCGCGUUAAAGGGAAGGGAAAGGGAAAGGAGAUCGUGUAUCGGUACGAGGGAGAGAUAUUGAGUCAUGGGGAAUGGAUACCUGUUCCCGGACAUGGAGAUCUGUGGAUACGUGAGCCAGAAAUUCCCGCGAAGCCUCCAGAUCCGCGUCUUAACUCUAAUGUUAAGCGACGGCCGCUGCGUGAAGAGCUAGGUCAUGUUUCAUAUGAGUACGAACACGGGAUAUCAACAACUCCUCCGCCUCCCACCGCUUUAUUACUGACGAACCUGUCCCCUCUAACGUCAAAUACUCAGCUACGGGCACAUCUUGGCGGGUAUGGACCGAUUAAGGUUUUCGAACCCAAGAUUGACAAAGAGAAUGGGAUGGCCCUAGGUGUAGUGUGGAUUGACUUUCGUACGCACGAAGACGCGAAACGGUGUUUUGACGGUAUUUGUGGGCCGGGCUUAGAUAUUCGAGGCAUUGGAGGCAGCUUGAAGAUACUUCUUGGCGCUAGUGCUGAAGAUGUAAAAGUCAUGUUCGAUGGGCAAGGCAAGAGAGUUGCAGCGGUCAUCAAAGAAUUGGAGGACAGGAAGCGAAAGCGGAAAGAAGCAGUGAAGAAGAGUGCAGGAACCAAAGAUACGCCUCCCUUACCCGCAGUUCCGACGCCGAAACACAAUGGAACACCACGACCGAAUGCGUCAACACCUGGUGGUAACAGUAAAUCGAUUCACCAUUCUUUACCGGCUAACCCACGACAGUCGCAUGCUCUUCCUGCGAAUCCAACAAAACAGCACGGACCAGCAGUGAGCUCGAGCUCCCUUGCGUUGCAUAAUCCACUUAAAGCAUCUCCUAUGAGGCCGGCCAUGGCGAACGGAGCCUCAGGACCAUUGAUUCCUCAGCUUCAGAAGGCCAGAGAGGCGGCAGCGGCGGAGAUAAAGCAAGAAAAAGAGAAGCCAGCAGAGAAAGAGGAAGGCAUGGACAAGAGACGGAUGAUGGACUCCUUCAAAGCGAAGCCACGAGAACGAUGGAAGAAGGAGGAGAGGGACGGAGAGGGACGGGGCUCGGAUGGUCGUCGAAGUGGCCGGGAUAGAUAUAACGAUCGGUACCGGGAACAUCGACCGCGUUCGCCCUCGCCUAAUCCACUACAAUACCUGCACAAGGGGUACACGGAGGACGAGGUGGAGAAGGCGCUGUUGACGAACGGGAAGGAGUACAUCAUUGUGGAGUUUGAAGACGGAAAACGCAGUGGUGGUGGUGUUUCGGAGGGAGAGGUCAGGGACUUUUUCAAAGAAUUCCCGGCGGAGAAGGUGAUGUCCGCGCCGAAGCAUGGGUUAGUGUUUGUGACAUUUCUGGAUCCUGAAUCAGCAAGGCGCGCUUUAAUUUUUUUCGCCGGAACCAAUCAGCGGUUAGCGUAUAGGAAUGUGAAGCUACGUCCUGGUGAGAAAGGGGUAUUCCAUGGUGUGUCAGUUGAUUCUUUUAUUGUCCUGCUGUCUUGACGUUUCUUAGGCUUUGAUGGGCGGCGUCGGACGACAUGGGAGGACUCAGAGAUGGUGGACGAGGCCUCGCGGUUACUUGUUGCAGAGCUCAAGCAGAUGCUGACGAAGGAUGUCAAGGACCGGGUGGUUGGGAACGAGGUCAAACGGCUGAUGCGCGCGGGGUUUAAAGAGAAAGAGGACGAUGGAGAAAAGGAGGGGGAGAAAGGAGUGAAGACUCUUGAUCUGAAGGGACUGAGUUUUCGGAAGCGGCGGCGAGAAGGCGAGGAUGGAGGAAGAGAGAGCAAGCGUGCCAAGGUUGUCGAUGAAAACAUGGAUGUCUGUAUCUAUGAUGAUACGGUCAAGGUCAA